CUCUCCUAUAAAUGCCACAAACUUAUCAUCAUCAUCGAUCCCUUAUUGGAACCCCUCCAAACUAAACUUGCUCAAAAGCAUCAAUGGCCACCAUUGCAGACAAGUCCAUCCACACCCCUCCUCAAAGCCAAAGAGCCAAUGCUAAUAAUUCUAUCUUCUUUAUUACAUCCCAGGUUUUGCUAAGAUCAUUACUCUUUGCUCUCACUCUAGCCGCUGCAUGUCUUAUGCUCACCAGCAAGCAGACCGUCGAAGUCUACGGCAUCGAAGCUACUGCUAGUUACACUCAUUCCCCAGCUUUUCAAUUCUUUACUUAUGUGAAUAUUGUGGCAUUUGUGUUGUCAAUUGCUUCGGCUUUUCUUGCUUUUCUGUUGGAGAAAGGAGCUUUGAGUCCACAAUACUACUUGUACCUUUUCUUGCAUGAUCUGAUUCUUGUUGCGAUAUUUGGCUCGGCUUGCGCUGCAUCCACGGCCGUUGGAUGGGUAGGAAAGUACGGCAACAGUCACACCGGAUGGACCGCUAUUUGUGACCAUUUUGGGAGAUUUUGCAACAGAAUUAUUGCUGCUGUUGUGCUUGCUUAUAUUGGCCUUGCCUUGUUUAUGAUCCUCACAGCCAUUUCUGCCAAGAGAAUUGCAUCAAGCCAUGGUUAGAUAUAUAUACAUACAUACAUAUAUAUAUAUGUGUACAGUUUGAUACGAUGAUUCUGUUAAAUUUAUAUGUAAAAUGAUGUGCAAUAGUGUGAAUAAGAUUGUGGCCAUGAGGAGUGUCAGCACUGUAAUAAACUCUUGUAUCCUUAAUGAAGGUAAUUUAAGGGAAAUUGGUCCUCUACGUAAUUAUGCAUAUAUAGGCUUAGCUUGCCUCUAAGUUAUUGAAUUUCCUCAGUUAGGACCAAUUUCAUUUAAAAACUUCAUUCAAUUUGUGUCACUAAAUUGACCCAAGAAUAUCCUUAU